GGCAUGAUCGACUUCAUGAAUGAGGUUGGCUUGCUGAAGGCAGAGUUUCAGGUGGAGUAUCUCAACGCUGCGCUGGCUGCGUUGGCUGCCGCGACGGAUAGCAUCAAGGGGGUCGCCAGUGUAGGAGCAUCCGGUGACGCGAGCUGGACCGGUGAGAUCCCAGAAGCGAAGGCGGAUGACUUCGACGUGGUCAGGCCGAUUUUCAUGGCAGCAGUUGCAGAGCUAGACGGCGACGCCUUCUCCCAGAAGGCCCAGGGUCUCGAGGAGUGCAUCCUCGAGUCCAGCAACAAAGUGAUGAAGGCUGCCAGCGUCGCGCGGGCGACGGCCAAGGCUCUGCGCGCUUGGGGUGCGCAUCAGAAGGAUCAGAACGGUGCCGAGCUGCGGAGGGAGCUUCGCAAGGCGCUGAAAGCGGUCACGGACCACCCGUCGCUUGGCAACAGCUCGUGCGAGAUGCAAGCUGCCGUGCGCAAGUGGGCGUUCGACGCCGCCCAG